UUCCGAACACCUUCCACGCUUGGUGUCGGUGUCGAAAGUUUUGUGACUCAGUAGCGAGCGAAAAAACUACCCUCAAAGAAGUAUAUACGUAAAAGUGGUGCCAAACUUGACAAAAAAGAUGGAUAUCAGUUUAAUGUUUAUUUAAAAAAAUAUAAAAAAGGCAACAUUUCAUUGCUUCGAUCAACAACUGCGUUCGUGCGCGUGUGAAGUUUGUUUGUUUUGAAAGUUUAUUUUGCUUUUGGUUUAAAUUUUCGCGGAACUUCCUGAUCGCAACACGAUCGUGAUUCGUUCCAAGUGCGCUAGUGUGUGUGAGCCUCGGUGUCUAAGGGGUGCAGAUUCUAGAUUCUGGUGGCGAGUGAACGAUGAAAACGUUGCAACUGAUUGUUUUGAUUGUGCAGCGAGUUUUGAUUACGGCCGGCGUGUUCUUGACGGCCGCCGUUCUGAUCCACUUUACCGCGAUCGAUCCGAAGGAACGUGCUAUUUCGUGCGAUCGAGUUUGCAAUCGAGCCGACUGGCCACGGAUCUGCCGGUUCGAGCUGGUGGUGGAAAAACGCACCUUUCGCCCUGACAGUACCAAAGCCACCAGCAACGUGUCGUUAGCCGGUCGGUGGAAAUCCUCCGAGUCGCCCGUCAUCACCCACUACUACACCGUCAACGGGCGGUACGUAGGUCCCACGCUGACCGUGUGCGAGAAUGACUUCCUGGUGGUGGACGUCGAGAAUCGGAUCCCCGGCGAGAGCAUCGCGCUGCACUGGACGGGUCAAAGUCAGCGCCGUACGCCCUUCAUGGAUGGAGUGCCGAUGAUAACACAGUGUCCCAUCGCUAGCUUCACUCGGUUCCAGUACCGGUUCCAGGCAGAUAAAGCGGGCACUCAUCUUUACCAUGGUUUCACCGGGACGGAACGUACCCAAGGACUUCUCGGAGCGUUCGUAGUUCGUUCUGCACAUGAACAAAGGCUCGCGCCCGGUCUUAGACUCUUCACAGCCGAAACAGUUUGGCUCGUUACCGAACUGAACGGCAUGCUUGCUGUGAACGGAGAACGAAGCUGGCGACAGGCAUAUUCCCCGAACGGAACCGAAAGCGAAUCCAACCUCCGAAUAAGACUGGUGUAUGCUGUGAGCCACUGUCAGCAUUGGCUCGAGCUAGAAGACCACGACCUGCAAGUUUUGACACUUGAUGGAAAUGGUCUGGAACAAGGUUCUAUGCCUCCUGUUAGUCGGAUUCUGCUGCACGACGGUGUCCGGAUGGACCUAACGUUCAUCCGACGAGCCCCGGUGGACGUUGACAGUAUUAAGCGAGAUUAUGAAAUUCGGUUCACAGCGCUAGACCGGGAUAAUUGUGAGCGGGCUAUAUUUCACCUUCACUACGACUUCCUUCGGCACGGUCAUUGGGAACAUCAUCCACACACGGCGAGUGUGGAUGGCGCUGAAAGUAUUAAAUAUAAUUUAAUCGCAUCUCCUGUACUGCACCCACCGAGCAAAGCAUUGGACCUGGUUGGGAAUGCCUGUGGCGGGAUGGUUCUGUGCCCGCAGGACUUGCCCGGCGCUCGGGACCACUUUCCAAAGGAUCUCGCUUCGUACGACACGCAGCUCGAGUUUACGAUCAGCACACGGGUGCUAGAUGGCGCAGGACCCUUCGGAGGUACUGUAUGCUGUUGCGGACAGAAGCGCAUCCAAGUGAUGCGCUCAGAUGAGAUAAUAAUAAUUAUUCGAAACCGGCCUCGGUACGCGUCUUUGGUUUUUUUUUCUCAAAUGUCGUUUUUUGUUGUUUUCGGGUUGGUUUCUUCCCUUUGCCACUCUCUCUCUCUCUCUCUCUCUUCUCCCCGUUCCUCAGAACCGACGCUCGAGACGGUGCACUCCGUGAACGGGUUCACCUUUGCCUUUCCGUCCGUGCUGAUGCUACGCGAGCCGGCCAACGAUGAGCUGCGGGCACACACUUGCGGAGGCCACCGUCGGACGCUGCCAAGAAGCUGUCACCCGCUGACGGUCCGGUGCGAGUGUGUGCAUGUCGAGCACAUCGAAGCAGGUCAUCGGGUGGAAAUGGUCCUAAUUAAUGCCGAUGUUGCGGACGAUUACGUGUAUCACCUUCACGGACAGGGUGCGUUCGUCGUGGGGAUGGCCACCGGACACCGGACCAGCCCGGAGCGGGUAGUGCGCCACCUGACGGCACCCCUGCAGCGAGACACAAUCGUUGUGCGGCGCGACUCGAUCGUUGUGGUGCGGUUCGUUGCCAAAAAUGCUGGACUGUGGUUGCUGCGCGAUAUUGGGUCACCGGCGUGGUCCCGUGGGUUGGAUGUGGUGUUGAACGUGGGCACACACCAGCCAAACUUUGACAUUCCGAGCAAUUUUCCUUCCUGUAGGCAUUUUGUAGGUCCGAGGUAUUUUUUAGUUUGAGGGAAACGUUUUUCCGAGCGAGUGAAAUCGCGAAUCAAAUGAGAUUGAGUUGAAGUUUAUAUGUGAUACUAGGAAACACUGGGCAAAAGAAGAUUAAAUAUAUUUUCAACAUCACAAUAAAACACGAAAGGAAGUUUUAAUUUUUAAAUUAAACGGAUCUUAACUAAUUUUUGAACACGCAAAAGCAGAAGGAAAUAAAUUUGAAUCGUCGAAGCUAUGUAAGUGUAAUGCUGUUUGCCUAACUUUAGGCGCAUUCGCUUGUACUGACCAGUGAUGAGAAAAUCAACUCACUAUAGUGAAUGAGCUUGGAGUGAAUGAGUUCUAGUUAAUUAUACGCCAUCAAACGCUUUGGUAUGAGAAUAAAUGAUUAGAAUAAUUUAAAUUGUUAGUACUUUAAACUACACAUGAAGAACACCAGCUCCGUGACAGCUCAAUCCCAGUGGUUCUUCUUGGUGCGCUCUUUUGAGCAUGUCUAUGAGAUAAGGUCAGGAUUCCAAUCUACUGCCAUGGAUGUCUGCCUUUCACUCACGACUUAAUCCGACCUCCGACACGUUCGUCAGG